CAGUCAGUCUUCUUUCGAUUCAGUCUUCCUCUGCUGCCCUUCCGCAAGUCAUACACCUUCCUGUCUUGCCUUAUAUAUAUCUUCUUAUCCUUCCUUCUCUUUCAUAUACCAUCCCCAUCCAUCACAAUGGCUGCCACCCAGCGUUACCAACCUUCAACCUUCCCCAUCAAUGUCCCCUCCAAGGCUCCCGCCCCGGCUGGCCUCUACCCUAUCGGCCGGGUAGCUGGCUCUCCGCCAGACGUCGACAACACCAGCAUGACGGCUGGUAGCCGGACAUCGGGAGGCCUUGGCUAUAGCUCUGGGAGCGACUAUGAAUCUAGCAACGGAUCAUACUCGGGCGUCGACGUUGUCGAUGUUCUCAAUGACCGCAUGCAAGAGACGUUUGAUCCCACUCCAUUGGACAGGGGAUUGGUGAAGCAAGCGCAAACCUCCGGUCACCUCAACGCCAAGCAGCGAGAACUCAUGGAGCUGCAAGCUCUCGCCCAGCGUCGUCUGAAAGGCGCUCGCUCGAACUUUUCGGAGGGCAUCAAAGUCGCCCGUGAGACCAAACGUGACCUCGAAUGGACCCAGAAGCGCGUGAACGCUCUUAAAACAAAAGCUGAAGCCGCACACCCGGAAGAAUACCGACGAGCGUCGAAGAAGUACGCCUUCCACGAUGACGACUACUGAGACUGCAUUCGUUUCGACAUGACUUUCUUUUGUAUAUUUUCAUUUUUUCUGUUUGUUUUCAUGACGGCGACUAUUUCUCUUUUUUCUGCGUUUUUCAGCACAAAAUUUUGGUUUUUUGGGGGGGUAAUUCGGGAUUAUUGGACUGGGUUGUAUUUGCUCCUUUUUGGUUAUGAUUUUAGCAGGAAUCUUGGAUAUAGCGCUUUUUGCUUUUUGA